AAGUGUGGCUCCCUGGGGCCCAGCAGGAGAGAAACUGGCCUGGAGGCUAGGCCUGGCUGCCUGGCUAGCACGCGUCAGGAGUGGAUUCUGACACGGGCUUAGGCUGUAGCUGGGGCACAGGGCCUGGUGGAGCCCUGCCUGUCCGUGGAGCAGGAGGCCUCAUAGCUGUUCCAGGUCUCUCCAGAAUCUGCACAAACAUCCAUUUGUUCCUGCAUUGUUCAUCAACUAUUUCCUGACAGCCAGGAAAAUGGCUGACGGUUUUUCGCUCCACGAUGCCCUGUCUGGGCCUGGACACCCAAAUCGCCAAGGAUAUCCUGGCCAGUGGGGGAACCAGCCUGGUGCACCAGGCUACCCGGGGGGCCCCCAUCAUGGACCCCACCCUGGGCAUGGACCCCCUGGCCCCUACCCUGGCCCUGGAGGCUACCCCGGGCAUCCAGGUGGACCUGGCGCCUACCCACCACCACCCCAUGGACAGCCAAGUGCUCCUGGAGGUUACCCAGGCGCCAGCCCUUACAGCACCCCUGGUGGAACACUGGCCCUGCCUUAUGAGCUGCCUCUGGUUGGAGGAGUCAUGCCCCGCAUGAUGAUAACGAUUCUGGGCUCGGUGAAGCCCCAUGCUGACAGAUUUGCUCUGAAUUUCGAGAGAGGGCAUGAUGUCGCCUUCCACUUUAAUCCUCGCUUCAAUGAGAACGGCAGGAGAGUCAUUGUCUGCAACACCAAGACAGACAACAACUGGGGAAAGGAAGAGCGGCACAUGGCGUUCCCCUUUGAAUUUGGUAAACCCUUCAAGAUACAAGUCCUGGUGGAACCCGAUCACUUCAAGGUCGCGGUCAAUGACGCCCAUCUGUUGCAGUACAAUCAUCGCAUGCGACACCUCCGGGAAAUCGGCAAACUGGGAAUUUCCGGUGACAUAAACCUCAACAGUGCUUCACAUGCUAUGAUAUAAUCUGGAAGGGACAGACAGCUUCAAAAAGCAAAAUUUAGUCUAAACCUAUGUUAUAAGUUUUAUGUUCACUAUGAGGGAAAGGCUUCACAUUUAUUCACCAGCAUCCUUCUUGUAGGUCAUCCUUUUAAUAAACAUUCUUAUGCCAACAA